GUUCAACUCUUUCACAUCGUCGCAGCAAGUCUAGAGCCUUAGUUACUGUCGUGACCCUAUAGACUAUCACAGCUUUGGAGAUCACGGGUCAAGAGGAUCCGUCGCUCGCACCAUCACGCGGACGGGUAGAAUCGGUUGAGCCUGGCUCGGAACGGCGCCGUCAAGCAGUCCUAGGUCAUCGUGCCAUACGACAGGACGGCAUACUCCAGCCAAUAUCGCCGGGACGGGUAUGGGCAGAGCUGGGACAUGAAAAAGAGCUUGUCCUGUACAAGGGAUCUGCUCCUUACCUUCCCUCGCUCACGACGCUUGUCCGUACCCGCUCGACAAGCACAAGAAGCUCGGCCGAACGUUCACCAAGUAUGUCGUACGGAAGAGCGGAGCAGACACUUGUCCGUUGCGGAAACGCGGUUCUACCAACCUCUCGACACCGUUCAAGCUCCGAUAAUUCCGCCCUACGUCGCUUCGGAUGAAAGAUAUAGCAGCAAUCCCCACAGCCAACUGCUGGCGGGGAGAGUAGGUAAUCGAGCCACUUGUCCCCAUGAGGUUUGGCAAACGGCAGCAUCGUCAUCCGGAUCCAGGAACAUACCAUCGGGUAAUCUACAGAAUAGAUUGUCAGAGACCCGGGCAGAGGUGUUCACCACCCAUGCAACAUCAGAGCUCGCGACCGAUACUGCUUCGCACGAUGAUCUUGCGCCAGAAAUCCCUGCGUCUUCUCGUCUCCUCGACUCGGCAGACUGUCUCGACUCGACCGCCAGAACGAAGGAGACGAACCCGAAAGCCAACGAUAGCAACCGUCGAAGGUCGCUCAAACGUCUGUUGAGACGCCAUCCAGAGCUAAAGCAAGCCCUUGCGAAACGCCGAUUUCGACAGGCCGUUUUCGAAGUCAUGGCGGACCCUGAGCUGCGACAGGACGAAGAGCUGUUGGGUUACGUUCGAAGGACCAUGUUUGAGAAUGUUGGUCGAAAUGAAACCGAUGGAAAGCCAAUACCCAACCUCGGCAAGAAGCCAUCGUUGCGGGAGUUGGGGCUUACCGGGAUGGCCGCUAGGCUUGGCAUGCCUCCGGCAGGUUAUUCCCGUGGAGAAGCGUGGGAGCGUCUGCAUCGGGCACAUGUGUGGAAGCGAGGGGUCUUGCCAGCACAGGCCAAGGUUCUGGAAGCGAUCCACCAAGAUCUACGUAUGGGAACCAUGAGAAAGGUCGCAGGCGUAUCUCCCGUACCCAUUGCACUAUCCCCGACGAUAGCGGUCAACACGAAAUUAUCUGAGUUCUUGCGUGCGGGAUCACUGUCGAUGGCAGGUCGGCGACGACGUCAUGGACGUCCGCCGAGCGAUGGUCACGCACUCGCCAGCUCGAGCGAUCGACCGUCUCGGAGCGGAUCUCAGGUUGCCCGCCUGUUCGCCAUCAUCCACCAGCACAAGCAGCGGGGGUUCAGGCCCAAUCGUGUGACUGCGAAUAUCGCACUGAAGUGCUGGCUGAGAAGCCUCGAAGCACCGAGUCGCCUGCGCUUGACCACGCCGGUCAACGGUAUCGUUGAUAAACCACGGGUCGGGCGAACACUUCACUCCCUUCUGGAUCAUGCAAUGCUGGAUCAGCUUUUGAGUAACACGGGAGACACGAGAGUGCCCUCCCCGGCUGGCGAUGAGCCAUCACAAUCAGACUCGGCGUCUUAUGAACGGCACGUCAGGCCACUGGGUAGAUUGCUCGUGAGGGCUGCGCGAAGCCGUGGCGAUUGGCUGGCUGCACGACGCAUCCUUACGAGGCUAUCGCUACUCCGGACACGACCAAACUCGGCGCUCAGAUCGGGAAAAUGACGUUAGGUUACGGUGCUCCAGCCUUUCGCAACGACUGCUUAUGGACAACUGUAGUAUACCCCGUGU